CGUGACUGGAGCACUGACAACCAUGAGACUGUCAUUUGAAAUCGCCUCGAAAGUGCCUACUAAACAUUCUACUCUGUUAUCUGCUAGAGACAAUAUUUUAACGGUGUUAGCAGGGUGGUGGUAUCAAUCAGUAUUUGAUUAUGGUUUCCGUAACCCCUAUCGCGAAGAGAAUUCUAAAUUAUGUUCCAUUUGUGCUUGUUUUGAUUGACAUGCGAUACGAAGGCGUGAGAUGUGGAAAUACUGCGGAUGUUGAAAAUCAUCUGGAAAUGGGAAAGAAACUUCUAGCUGCAGGACAGCUGGCUGACGCGCUGUCUCACUUCCACGCAGCUGUAGAUGGAGAUCCAAAAAAUUACAUGGCAUAUUAUAGAAGAGCUACCGUAUACUUUGCCAUGGGGAAAUCCAAAUCAGCAUUGCCAGAUUUGAGCAAAGUUAUUGAACUCAAGCCUGAUUUCACUGCAGCAGUCCUUCAGAGAGGAAACCUCCUGCUGAAACAGGGGAAGCUGGACGAUGCCGAGACAGACUUUAAAAAAGUGCUUAAAUCUCAUCCCAAUGACAAAGAUGAGACAGAAGCCCAAAGUCAGCUGAAGAAAUCCGAUGAGAUCCAGAGGAUAGUGAUCCAGGCUCGGGCUCACUUUGAUCGCAAGGAGUAUAGCUCUGCAGUGGUCCAUUUGGAUGUAGUCAUUGAGACGUGCGCCUGGGACGUGGACUCCAGAGACAUGCGAGCCGAAUGCUUCAUCCAGCUGGGGGAGAUGGGAAAAGCCAUCACUGACCUAAAAGCCACCUCCAAGCUGAGGAGUGACAACACCCAGGCCUUUUACAAGCUCAGCACUAUCUACUACAACCUGGGAGACCACGAGACAUCCCUCGGUUCGGUACGUGAGUGUCUUAAGCUGGACCCAGACCACAAGCAGUGCUUCAGUCAUUACAAGCAGGUGAAGAAGUUAAGCAAGCAGAUUCAGUCUGCAGAGGAGCUCAUCCAGCAGCAGAGAUAUGGGGAUGCUGUUAGUAAGUAUGAGACUGUGAUGAAGACAGAACCAGAUGUGCCUUCGUACAUCCUGCAAGCCAAGGAGCGCAUCUGCCACUGCUUGUCCAAGGACCAGCAGGGUGGUCUGGCCAUCCCGGUGUGCAGUGAAGUCCUGGAGUCCGAGCCCGACAAUGUCAAUGUGCUGAAGGACAGAGCAGAGGCCUACCUGCAGGAAGAGCAGUAUGAAGAAGCCAUUAAAGACUUUGAGAGCGCCCGAGAACACAGCGAGGCCGAUCGGCAGAUAAAGGAGGGACUGGAACGAGCCCAGCGACUGCUCAAACAGUCCCAGAAGAGGGACUAUUACAAGAUCCUGGGAGUUAAGAGGACGGCCCAGAAGAAGGAGAUCAUAAAGGCCUACAGGAAGCUGGCUCAGAAGUGGCACCCGGAUAAUUUCCAAGACGCUGAGGAUAAGAAGAAGGCAGAAAAGAAGUUUAUUGACAUUGCACAGGCCAAAGAGGUGCUCACCGAUCCAGAGAUGAGAAGUAAGUUUGACCAGGGGGAGGAUCCCAUGGACCCAGAGAGCCAGCAGGGUGGUCACCAUCACCAGAACUUCCACGGGGGCCACAACCACUUCCAGGGCUUCAACCCUUUCGGUUCUGGGUUCAAUUUCAAGUUCAGCCAUAACUGAGGGGCACCAGACUGAUGACUCAGCACCCAGAGAGUGACCUGCCUCAGGUUAUCACCCACAGGGGUCAACUCCAAAACCAAGGCCAAACUAGGACCAAACCUUGCCUUCCCACGCUAAGGGAACGUCGAAGAUGUUCAGCGUUGUGUGUGUGUGUGUGUGUGUGAGAGUGUGUUUGUGCGAGUGUGUGUUCGUGUGUGUUUGUGUGUGCCUGCACUGCCUGAAUGUUAAUAUGAGCAUUAACAUAAAGACAGAGUACAUCUGUACCUUUGAGGGACCUAGCUCGGGAAUGCAGUCUACUAAAUGUGUGCAUGAUCAAUUGAAGCAUCUCCUUUCUUCAGGGAUCUCACCAUUGAGACAUCUGCACUUUUUUUAUAGUGACCUCAAAAAGUACAAUUGUCAAUUAUUCUUGGGAUUCUUGUGUACAUAGGAAAAAAAAAAACUAUUUUUAUAUGGCUAAAUCAUUCUGGUUUGUACAUAUCUAAAAAGAAGACUAUUUAUGCCUAUUUAAUUAGUUGGCUCAGGAUGAGUCACAAUUAACAAAUGUAAAAGUGAACAACCGCAGAAGAGAACCCAUGUGAUGACAAUAAAGUUGUUCCACUCUCCAA